GUUGGUAAUGGGCUGCUACUCAAUUUAUGAGGUGAAGACUGCAAUUGGGCUGCUGCUGUGUUUUCUAUGGCUAAUGUGUGUUGCUCCAUUGAGACGGAGCCUAGAACAUUGAACCAAGGGCAACUCAGCCAUGCCAUGGAAAUGGCUGCUGAUGUAGCUCAGAAGCUGGAACCAAGAGAAGCUUCCGCCAUAUUCAUUGAGAUGGUGUUGAAUUGGUUGUUGCAGGGAUUGAUAUCAGCUACUGAAAUAAAGGAGGUGGAACUGGCAGAUAAAGAGAAGGAAGUUGAAUGCAACCAAAGGGCUCAAGUUACAGAAAGACCUUGCCAAUGUUCAUGCGACAACAUGGAAUCCCCAGACACGAACAAUAUUCUAAACAAUCUCAAGGAGCCUGUUACUGCCCCUUUCUGAGUGAUGGAUCCUUGGUCCUAGGAUGCUUCUUAUUUGUAUUGGUUUUCUUUUGUGCAUUACUAUCAGUAAUGACUAUGUUGUUAAUAAUGGGCUUAUCAUGUCUAUAUCAUGGUCUUGGGCUAUUACUGGACUGCAUGCUAAUGAGGUUAUUUUGGA